UCUUCGUUUCACCGACCGACCUUUGUAUUCUACUUUACCUUAGGGAAAGCAGUUGACACUAUUAAUGAAAACCUGUAUAGAAUGCUAUAGUACUUUUUUACAAACAAUCUUUCAUUUCUAAUUCCUAGUUGAACAACUUCUAGCGCACUUUAACAAAAAUUUCGAUUUGUAUAAUACGCCGGUCGAUCAAGCAAUUACAUGAAUGAUUAUUUUCUAAAUAUACGAUAAAGAAAGUACACUCUAAUCUACUUAUAGAUAAAAACAGAUAUUUUUGCUCUCUUUGUUGGUAUCUAAAGCUUUUUAGCAUUAUUACUCAUGCACCUUCCUUCUUUUGAAAUUGAAAUUAUUUUGGAGAUCUUCUCUGUUCUCUUCCUCCCAUUCAUAUCUGAUUCCUUUGUCUCAUAUCCGAGCUUCUCUAAUAUUGCCUUUUUUUUGCCAGCUUUCGUAUAUCUGUUUGCCAAUCCCAAAGAAAAAUGCUUUUAUGAGCCGCUGUUAUGGCUUUCCUCGUUUCCUUUUGCGAUCCUCUGCAUUGGUUUUGGAAGGGACUCUGCGCUUUUUCAUGAAAUGUACAUGGUUUGCUUUUACAAUGCAGCGCUUGCCUUAAGCUUAAAAUUCUCUUUCUUCUCAUAUUUAUUGAAGGGACUGCAAACCGGGUCUGUUCCUUUAGAACUUCAUGUUACUAUUAUGAAUGCCUUUAUAGAAAUCACAAAAAACAGCUUUACAUUUAUUGAGGUCGUCUUGAUCUCCACCGGACUUAGCAGCGUAGCAUACGCUACUUUUCUGAAUGAGGCUGGCCCUCUGGUAUCAGUUUUAGCCGGUGUUUUGUUAGUAUCUGUUCCUUCGUUAGUUUUACUAAAUUCAUGCCUGCUCAAAACAUGUUCUCGUUGCAAACUUACAAAGGAGAAAUCUUCUCUACUAGUUUAUGCAGCUAGUACUUUUGUUGUUAUUUUCGUCUCUCGAUUUUGGGUUUCAAAACGUAUCCAGCAAAAGCCCGAAUAUUGGGUAUUUGCUCAAAUUUUUUUGAGUCCUUAUUCUAAGAAAAGGAUAACAAUUUUGAUUUGGUGGGUAUUGUGCCUGUCGUGCUAUAUAGGCUUUGUUGUUUGCUCUCAUAACGGCAGCUUCUUUCGUUACUAUUUUGGCACAAAAGGAGAACUUUUAAAUUUUAGAAGGAAAACGUAUCACGCUUUGAUUGUGUUUAUGUUCCUUCCUACUUAUUGUACAGACCCCUAUUUCGUACAUCUUGCAUUCUCAGGGGUGCUCUUUUUGUUUUUGUUUAUUGAAGGCAUCCGUGUACUGCGUUUGGAGCCGUUUGGUGAAAUGAUACAUAAAUUUUUGUGGCAGUAUACGGAUAACAGAGAUCAUCGUGGACCAUUAAUUAUUUCGCACAUUUACCUUUUAAUUGGAUGCGCAAUCCCUGUUUGGUUUUCUCAUGCACUACGUGGACCGGUCGCCUCUGCAGAGCUCUUGGUUGGUGUACUUUGUCUUGGAUGUGGAGAUUCUAUGGCAAGUAUCAUUGGGAAAAAAUAUGGAAGGUUUAGGAUUCGAAGAACAAAAAAAACACUGGAAGGUACUUUUGCUUUUUCCGCGUCUGUCUUUAUGGUUCUGCAGCUUGCACAACGACUGCAUAUUUGCCCUCAUGUUAGCCUAAAAAAUACCUUAGCUAUGUCUGUUUUUACUGCUAUGCUAGAAGGUGUCUCAUUGGAAAAUGACAAUCUCAUUUUGCCUAUGUACAUGUGGGUUCUAUAUCGGGCAUUGGAAAAUACUUAAAAUAGAAUGAUUUAGGAACGAUGAAAUUGACAAUCCAUCUAAUUUACUAGCUUUUAAUAUACGUUUCUCGUCUCCAUCUGUGAACGUUUCUUCUGCAUGUCUUAUUAAUGAGUGUUUUUGUUCUUAAGGAUGGAACGUUUUCUACUCCUGCUUACAAUGGCUAUAUCGUAUUGAAAAUGAUAAUUAUAUUUACUCUUAACACACUUCAAAGGAAGUCCUUGUCAUUGUCACGAUAGGUGUUUUGUUGACAUUAUAAACAUUACUGUACACAGUGAUUUUAAGAUAUCGCUAUGGAAAGUAUGGUUUAUGAGAUAAGGAACCUGAGCACAUUGGGAAACUAUUAAAAAAAAAGCAUAUUACGUUCGCUAUUUCAAAAGAGCUAUAUACGCAUCAAUUUACAGCCAGAUUGGAAGAUUUGAUCGGUCUGACUAAAUGAGACUAGACUGUCUUUCAAGCGUCUCAUUUAGUUAAUCUAAUCAGAUUCCUUUACAACAGUAGCUACUAUAAACGUAGUACAACCUUCCGAUACCCAUAUUACGAUGCAGCUAGAGUUGUUCAUUCCACUCGAUUUACAUAUUAUACGAUGUAAGAUAUCUGCCGCGACAUGAACAUACAUAUAAUUAUAAAGAAUAUUAUAUGCAGUAAAAUUAGGGUCUAAUAACAGUAUGGGAAUGUUUACCAGUGUCAGUCAACAAUGAUACACACCGCUGACAUACUAUCAAACCACACACCUUCAAUCACUUAGUAUUGUCUGCCUUGAUAGAC